GGAGGGCGAAGUGAAGGUACCCAGACGCGGGGUUCUGGGGACUGCGCGCCGGCUCCAUCCUCCUUCCCACGUCGGCUAUCCCCGCCAGCUCAACCUCGGCUCCUGCCCGGACCAACCGACGACCCAAGAUGGGGGCACUGGGCUUCAGGCGCGGCCUGGAGUGGCUGCUGGGCUGCUUCUUCCUCUCCCAUAUCCCCAUCACCCUCUUCAUCGACCUGCAGGUGGUGCUGCCGCGCGAACUCUACCCGGUGGAGCUGAGAAACCUGCUGAAUUGGUAUACUAAGGAGUUCAAAGACCCUCUGCUGCAGGAUCCCCCGACAUGGUUCAAGUCCUUCCUGUUCUGUGAGCUUGUGUUUCAGCUGCCUUUCUUUCCCAUCGCAACAUAUGCCUUCUUCAAAGGAGGCUGCAAGUGGAUCCGCACCCCUGCAAUCAUCUACUCAGUUCACUUGAUAACAAUUUUAAUUCCAAUUCUCUCUGAAUUGCUAUGUGGGGAGUUUUCCAAAGCCAGCGGUUUCAAAGGACAAGGACCCAAGACUUUCCGUGAACGACUAACCCUUGUAUCUUUCUAUGCCCCCUACUUUCUUAUCCCUCUUAUGCUUCUGCUUUUCAUGUGGCAGAGCCCCUACUACACGUAUGAGGAGAAAAGAAAGAAAAAAUGAGGGAAACAACCACUGGCCCAGGGGAGAAAAUGCCCCUAGAGCAAUUUCUUAGACAACUGCUCAGAACCCAUGUCUUCAGCAGCAUUUGAAACACACCACCACCAGCACCCAAGGGCAAAGUGCUGGCAGGGGCCAAGCUAGGCCCUCGUCUUCCAAGGCCACUGGGACAAACAAACUGAUGACCUGAGGGGUGGGGAGGGGGCAGGGUAGGUUGUAGGGAAAUAGUGCCAAACACCUUACUAUGUGCCCAAGUCCCGUUUCAGGAUUAUUGAGGGCAAGACCAGACCAGAAACUGGAUAAACUUCCAGGAAAUUUCUGCUUGGCAUGUCUGUGAGUUGUUUGGCUCAUUAUAUUUGAGUGACUAAACCCUUGACUCGUGAUUAUAUGUAGCAUAUCAUUAAUCAGCAAGAUGAAUAUUGGGGCAUUUCAAGCCAUUUUAAAAUUUGAAACUACACCUCUUUAAUAUUCAAAAACUGUAUUGUUUUCUCAUACUCCCUGCCCUGCUCCCCAGGAAAAAAACAAAACAUUCUGCAAAAAGAAUUUAAACUUAGUUUUCCUUAAGGUUCAGCCCCAGCUUGACUUUCAGUUAGAAAUUGGUUAAACUGAAAGAUUUUUUUUUUUUUAAAUCCUGUCUUAUGCAGGUCAUCUCGGGAAUAGAUUUUUUAAAAGUCAUCUUAUUCAUCCUCCCGUUUCCAAAUCUUAGGCGGCUUUCUAUCCUAUUUUUAGAGACCACCUGAUUUAUAAGUCCCUUUACUCUGAAGUCUGAUGUCUCAAACCUGAUCUGGAAAUGUACUUCCUAAUGGCUUGUUUUCACAGUUUAAUCAUUCCUUCCCAUGGAGAGUACGGGGGCAGCUGGGUGUGGCAUGAACCGUUUUUGUGUCCGGCAUCUUUUCACAUCAGUGCUUGGUGUGCCACUUCUUUUCUCUAAAUUUGUAUUUAAUGCCAACCCUUUAAAGAAAAAUGACCUGUGAACAUGUGGAAAAUGACAGAAACUGAUCAUGGUUAAUUCCCUCUGUUGUUGUGUUUUUCUCUCACAAGCUGUAAUUGCUCUGAUUGUUGGUAGGAUCAUCUCACUCAUGUCUGGCCCAAAAGAAGGUAGCUACUGACCACUGCCUGGUUUGGUUUGUAGACUAGGGGAUAGAGAGUCCAGUAUUUUCUAACAAGGGCUAAACAUACAGUUCAAGGGCACCAAAAAAGAAGCAGAUCAAACCACUUGAAAAUAAUUUAUUGCUUUCCCCUACAAGGCUUAGUAAAUUUACAAAAAGAGGAUCAAAGUUUACAGACUGCUUGGUUCAGACUAAGAAUGCUAGAAGUGAGAACCUGUGCCUCGGUGGCACGUGUGCACUGAUAUGCACUGACGUAUAAAACGGGUUCCCCCAACUUUGAAUUAUUGCCUUCAGAGAUGCUGCACUCUUUACACACUGCCUCCCACCAUGUACUUGGAUUUAGCCAACAAGUCACUGGAAUGAUACAGAGGUGUUUUUGUUUUUUUCCCUCCUGCUAUAAAAAUAAAAAUGUUCAGUUCAUUUCUGAAAAAUAAAUUGGUCAAUAAAUUCA